GUCAAACGUCAACCUCUUCGUCACUUCCCGUCAUCGGUCUUGGCCGGAAGUAAGCCGCGGAGAAGAACGCAAGCGACACAGGAGCAUGGCAGAUACCGGGAUUUUAGAAUCGCUUCUCCGCCGUGUUGAAAAGGUGGACGGAGGCGUAGACAGCCAGGAUGUUGCCGUUAUACUCAACGUGGACCAUCAAGUGAUUGUCGGGGCGGUCAAAAGUCUGCAGGCUCUGGGCGAUGUGAUUGCUGCAGAGCUGCGCUCCUCGAAGCACUGGGAGCUGACGGCGGAGGGGGCCGAGAUCGCAAAACAGGGUAGCCAUGAGGCGCAGGUCUUCGAGGCCAUACCCGAGGAGGGGCUCCCGCAGAACCAGCUGAUGAAGCUGCCCAGUGGGAAGGUGGGCUUCAGCAAGGCCAUGUCCAACAAGUGGAUCCGUCUGGACAAGGGCCACGAGGGGGGCCCUCGAGUCUUCAGGACGGUGGCACACAUAGAGGACUCGGUGCGGGAGAAGUUGCUGCUGGUGAAAGGAGGCAAAGCCUCCCAGCUGGCAGAGAAGGAGAAAAACGAGCUGAAGAAGCGGAAGCUGCUGACUGAAGUGACGGUGAAGUCUUACUGGAUCACCAAGGGCGAGUCCUUCAGCACCACCGUCACUAAGCAGGAGACGGAGCUGACUCCGGAGAUGAUCGCCAGUGGGAGCUGGAGGGGUAAGAACUUUAAGCCGUAUAACUUUGAGGCGAUGGGCGUGGCUCUGGACUGCGGCCACCUGCACCCCCUGCUGAAGGUGCGCACGCAGUUCCGACAGAUCUUCCUGGAGAUGGGGUUCACAGAGAUGCCGACUAAUAACUUCAUUGAGAGCUCCUUCUGGAACUUCGACUCCCUGUUUCAGCCUCAGCAACAUCCUGCCAGGGACCAGCACGACACCUUCUUCAUUUCCGAUCCAGCGACGGCUCACGACUUUCCCCAGGACUACCUGCAGAGAGUGAAGCAGGUGCACUCAGAGGGAGGCUACGGCUCGCAGGGGUACAAAUAUGACUGGAAAAUAGAGGAAGCUCAGAAAAACAUCCUGCGCACACACACCACUGCCGUCAGCGCCCGCAUGCUGUACCGCCUAGCACAGCAGGAGAAGUUCACGCCCGUCAAGUACUUCUCCAUCGACAGAGUGUUCCGGAACGAGACUCUGGACGCCACCCACCUGGCGGAGUUCCACCAGAUUGAGGGGGUGGUGGCCGACUAUGGGCUAACCCUGGGUGACUUGAUGGGGAUCCUGCAUCAGUUCUUUACCAAACUGGGGAUCACCAAACUGCGCUUCAAACCGGCCUUCAACCCUUACACAGAGCCCAGCAUGGAGGUGUUCAGCUAUCACGAAGGGCUGGGGAAGUGGGUGGAGGUGGGGAACUCUGGUGUGUUCAGGCCGGAGAUGCUGCUGCCCAUGGGGCUUCCUGAGGGCGUGUCCGUCAUAGCCUGGGGGUUGUCCCUGGAGAGGCCCACCAUGAUCAAGUACGGCAUCAACAACAUCCGCGAACUGGUGGGGCACAAAGUCAACCUGCAGAUGGUGUACGACGGCCCUGUGUGUCGACUGGACUCUUAAAUCCCAUCGGGCAGCUCGGCGGACAGCCUUCCCCUGGCCCCCUGCCCGCUGCCCCCCAGCCCUGUCGCUUUAGGACCCCUGCGCUGCCACGCACACUCACUCUGCCUUUUCUUUAUUUAUUGCCCCCUGCAGGCUGGGCAGAGUGCUCUCUGUCAUGGGCAGAGAAAGGGACAGUGGGCAGAGGGUGGCUCUAAUCAACAAAAAUCCCCCUUCAUACACUGUUUAUAGUUAAAAUCCCCCCUUCAUACACUCAUUAUGGUUAAAAUCCUCCUUCAUACACUGAGUAGGGUUAAAAACACGGUCAGCUGGUCUUUCUAUCUCUUGUUUAUCCAUUUGUCUCAUAUAAGGGUUACACUUAAAACUUCAGGCAUAUAACAUUAUGAUCAAAAGCAAAUACUGUAUGCGCCUGCUUUAAGUACCUUUAGGUUGUGACUGCACAGGGCAUCAGUUCCGUAAAACUGCAUUAGUGAGUAUUUUUUACAUCAUUUGUAUUUACCCGUGUCAAAGCUCAAAGAUCGAAUUCCCUGUGACCCUCUGUAACUUGGAAUGCCUGCACAGUAAAGGUUGUUAUUCCGAA